AAAACCUGUCAUCUGACAUAACAUUAUUUCUUAAAGGGGAUUUUGUUUUCACUUUUGUAGUGUUUUCAUUUUUAAAAUAUAAAACUGAUGAUUUUGUAUUGUUUUUAUUACAUAAUGUAAAUUAAGUAUACAACAUUAAAAGAAAUUGUUUAGAUGAGAAUGGCUUUUUUCAUCCGGCCAUUUGCUUCAUCGAAGUUUACAAUUUGGAAGAAUGUUCAUUUGCGCCAUAUCUUUCGGAAGUAUUCUUACAUCGAUAAAAUAGAUUGUUUUGCAACUGAACUUGUAAGGGAAAAAACACUGAAAUGGAGAGAAAUUCGAAAAAAUUUAAAUAAAACUGAUAACGAAAAUUUCAAUCCGCAUAAUAUGUCAUUCAAAUUUUUGAUUAAAGGUGUUUUAUGUGAUAUUAAAAAUAUAGAUUCCUUAAGUUCGAUUGAACUUAAUAUAGAAACUUUAACUAAGCAUCAGCUUAACAGUUUAAUUCUUGCUACUAUGAAAUUAGAAAAUGAUAAUGAUUUUUACUAUAUAUUAAAACAAUGCCUUAGAAAGAAUAUAUUACCUGAAUUAGGCAACACUUUAAUAUUUUUAAGUUCCAAAGGCGAUAUCAAAACAGUUGAAGCGCUGGAAAGUUUAUAUAAUGACCAAAUGCAAAAGAGAAGUCUAUUAUUUUUACCGUAUAUAGGUUACGCAAAUUGGAGGAAAGGCAAUGUUAAUUUAGCCAUCGAGAACUUUAGUAAAUUUUAUGAGUUUUCCAUUAAAACUACAAAUAAAUAUGACAUGUAUCGUAUUUUUAAACUUAUUACAAAUGAAACCUUUAGUGAUAAAGGCGAAGCAGUUCUUCAUAACUUAUUAAACUUUGCUAAAGAAAUCCAUAUCAAAUUUGAUGACCUUUUUUUAUUGGAAUGUGUAUGGAAUAAAUCAUUUAAAAGUAAUUGGUUUAGUGAUCAAAAUUUAUCGGUUGAAAUUUUUAAUGAAAAUGAACACAUUAGAAAACUUGUUGUGAACGGAUCUUUAAAGCUUUGUUUUGACUUUCUUAAAAACAACAACACUGACGCCGUUUACAGGCUUAUUGAAUUAUUUCUUAAGCAUAAUCAAAAAAGUGGUUAUGAAGAAUGUUUGAAAUCCUUAUUUGAGUACUACUACCGAAAUCGCAAUGUUCGAGCAUGUACGGAAAUUAUGAAAUUUUUUAGAACUUUAGAUGUUGAAGUCCCAUUUUCAUGGAAUGAAAAGUUACUUAGCUUAAUACUGAAAAAGGAGUUUAGUAAUUUCAAACCUCAAAACGAAAAACAAUACAAAUUUCAAUACAAGUUUUGAAUUUGAAAAAUGUUUAUACAGAAUUUAUAAAUUUUGUUUGUUUACAGAAGAUAAAAAGUUUUCUUAAGAAUAAAGCGAUGUAAUUACGAAUAA